AUGCUUCGUGCUCUGCUCAGUUGCUUGGUUGUGUCCAACUCUUUUGUGACCCCAUGGACUGUAGCCCACCAGGCUUCUCUGUCCAUGGGAUUUCCCAAGCAAGAAUACUGGAGUGGGUUGCCAUUUCCUACUCCAAGGGAAUCUUCCCGACCCAGGGACAGAGCCCGCAUCUUUUUGCAUCUCCUGCAUUGGCAGAUGGAUUCUUUACCACUGCACCACCUGGGAAGCACAAUAUAUAUAAAUUCUGGCAUUACUUUUGAAAACUCAGAUAUUGAUUCUCCCAUCAACUUGAAUAAAAAGCAUUGA